AUGGCGUUAGCGGCGGCGAUGCCGCAUCUUCCGGCACUGGGUCUCCGCGCGCGGUGCUGCGAGGACACGCUCGGCAGGCCGCGUCCUCAGCGGCUGGCCAGCGACUCCGCAGGCCUCCUCAACCUCUUCCCCGAGAAGAUCCCCAUCGUCGGCCCUCCGGUUCCUCGCCCCCGUCGCAUCAUCCUGGUCCGCCAUGGACAGAGCGAGGGGAACGUCGACGAGAGCAUGUACACCCGGGUUCCUGACCCCCGCAUUAGUCUCACCGCGAAGGGGUGGGAGGACGCAGAGGCCUGCGGCCGCCGGAUCCACGAGCUCAUCCUCAGCGACAGCGCUGACGACUGGAAGGUCUACUUCUACGUCUCCCCCUACAAGCGCACUCUGGAGACACUCCGGGGCAUCGGGAAGGCGUUCGAGCACGAGAGAAUCGCCGGCGUCAGGGAGGAGCCGCGCUUGCGAGAGCAGGAUUUCGGUAACAUUACCUAUCCCCCGCAUCUUCCUCCGCCGUUCGAAUCGAGGUCCGCUCCAAUCAACUUCGAACGAAGAAAUUCUCAUCAAUCGUGCUUUCUCUGUCACCAGAAUCCUGGUUUAGAAGCUUUCUAUGGCACUAUUCACAGCAUAAACACCACGACGAUGAAAUUCUUCAUCAUGUUCUAUCGGCGAGAAAUCUAGCCAGUUACUGACAUCUUACUAUCUGAUUAUCCCUGCCCUGAAGUCCAUCUACGCUCUAGUAAUGCCGCCUCCAAGUUCUUCAGGGUUUUACAGUCUGUGUUCAUCUGUAGCAGAUCCACAUUAUCUUCCUUCCCAGCGGAUCCGUCCAGCUUGCUCACUCCAUCGCAGAAUGGCAUCUGACAAAUGGGCUGAUACAUUCGAUCUGACAACAUGCUUUUCUUCAGGGAACUUCCAGGACAGGGAGAAGAUGCGGGCUGAGAAGGCAAUUCGCCUUCGAUACGGCCGGUUUUUCUAUAGGUUCCCUAAUGGGGAAUCUGCUGCGGACGUUUAUGACAGAAUUACAGGUAUUCUGGGACCCAAUAUAAGGAACUCUAGGCACAUUUUUCCUUCAUCAGAAAAGAAAAUCAUUUUUUACUUGUUAUAUGCCUCCUGGUUUGUUCAUCCAAGUUCUUAUUUCUGCAGGGUUCAGAGAGACACUUCGAGCAGACAUUGACAUCGGGCGCUUCCAGCCACCCAGUGAGAGGACUCCUAACAUGAACUUGGUGAUCGUCUCCCAUGGAUUAACGCUGCGUGUGUUCCUGAUGAGGUGGUACAAGUGGACCGUGGAACAGUUUGAAGGGCUCAGCAAUCUUGGCAAUGGGGGGAUGAUGGUCAUGCAGACAGGAUCUGGUGGAAGGUGAUUUGUCCGAGUUGACUUUCUAUUAUUAAGAUGAUGCUUUCGAGGUCACUGUCUGUUUUUCUCCACCAUUUUUUAUGGAACCCUGAGCCUUCUGCUGACGUUCUAGCGCAGUUGGUGAUGACGGCAACAUUCGUGAAAGUGGAGACCAAAACUAAACAGAGAACAUCAGUUGACUGUGAUCCUCAGCUAACAAGUGACAGAGAGUUUCUUUACUCUUUCUUGUUAUUUGGGCUUUUGUGAUUGGGAUGUUGGCAUCUGGGUGCGUUGACCAUAAACCACUACGCAAAGAGGAGAAGAUUGAUGAAAGGAUCCCGUUGAAGGGCCUGUUCUUCGGAUAAAUGAUUCAUACUUUUAUUCUAGGCGAUAUCUUUCAUAAAUUCGGGUCGUCGAGGUUUGUAGUCCCCUUCUGUCACAUGAGAAACUAUAUAACCUUGAUUAUUUGUUUUCUUUUGAUCGAUGCUGGCAGCAAUCAAUGAUGCUUAGGCCAACUGCCUUUGCUACUUGGGCAAUAAGGCUUGAAGCCCACAUGAAUCCUGGUUUAUGUAAGGUUCUGAUAAAAAUUAUGGCGUAUUAAGUACUCUAUGUAGCAUGCCAAUUUAAUUUCAAAAUACUUCAAUUUAGUUCUAUAAAUUAGCAAUUCAUAUGUCCAUAAAUUAAAAGUAGAAUCAUUGCAACCACGGUAAAGCAUGAUUCCCUGAUGGUCAAACUAGUAAGUAUGGAGACGAACAUAGCCACAUAAAAGCUUCUCUUUCUUACUGCCUGUGGUUACUAACUUUACUUCUAACUUGGUGAGUUCUAACUUUGAGGGGUUCGAAGAGUACCAGUCAGGCUCAUGCUCACAAAUGGGCAUGCCACCUGUUGCUUUCUUGUGCCUUUUUAAUGUUUAUGUUGUUGAAAUAUUCUGUUUAGUUGGAUAGUUAUAUUUAUUAUGGCUAGAUCUUUCGUAUUUCUUGGGUAUAUUAACCUAUAUAUGUUUUGUGGGGUUGUAACAUCUGUUAUUUGAGGCGUUUAUGCAAAGUACGAAGUUUAACAUCUAACUUGAAUGCAAUGUGUUUUGUUAAGGCAGAUAUGCCCUAAAUAAACGAUAGAUGAAUGCCGUUUUUAUUCCUUAAAUAAAUCAAUAAAAAUAUUAAUUAGUGUAAAAACGUUUUUUUUCUGCUAAUUCAUUAUUUUAUUAAAAAAAUUAUUCGUAUUAGUUAUUGUCGGUAGAUGCAGAUGAGCACCAGCAUGUGUGUCUGCAAGGUGGGUAAUGGGAAUCAUCCCAACCAUAGACACUUUUAAUACAAUUCAAUCAGAACACGCUUUUUUUUCCUUAAAUUUGGUAAAGAAACGUCUCCAUGGGGCAUAUCUACUGAUAGAAUAAUCUUGAAUUGCAGGAGUUAAGACGAUUAUGGAGGAAUUUGAGCGAUUAUUGUGGGAUUUAAGUCGACUUCAAUUAUUUUUAGAUGACUUGGAGUAGUUUGCUUCCCUCCCAUUUUCCAGACUAUAAAACGGGUGGUUCUGUGAUCUGAUGGUGAGUAAAUGCUUUUCUCUUCCUGGCAGGUACAGUUUACUCGUGCAUCAUAGUCACGAGGAGCUUCUAGAAUUUGGUCUGACUGAAGCGAUGCUUGUUGAUCAGGAAUGGUAGGUUUUUUAUGUCUUUUUUAAUAUUUUUUAAUAUUUUUUUUUGUGAUCUUGCUGAAGUUAUUUAAUAGCAUGGGCUACUUCCAUUUGGUCUGCUUGUGUAACAAUAGGACUCAGGAUUCGGUGCAGACACUGUAAUGAAAUUAGCUUCAUUGGUAGUUAAUAUUUUCGUGCAUAACUUUAUUUCAGUCUGUGUGCUUUGAAACUAUUUGAACCUCUUAUAGUCGCAUCUUUUUUGUUUUAAUACCCUAAUUGGGCUCUUCCCUUGGAUUGACCGAUUUGGGCAAUAUGAUCCUGCUCUGAAUCACGCUCAAUUUGACCAGUAUGACCACCGAAUCAGAUCCCAGGUUCCAUGAUUCUACCAGCCACUUUAGGGUUGCCAGCAAUAGACCUAGAUAGUUUUUCUCUGUUGCCACGUUAAGUUCACUGGAAGAGGGGAAAAGGGCUUUUUUUUUCUCCUAUUGUCUCCAAAUUUUAGGAAAUAGAUGAGGUAACAAAAGCUAUUGAAAUUCGAUAGAAAUGGCUAUGUAUGUGAGCAUUGAACAUUCCAAGAACGAUAAUUGUAAAAGUACCAUAUAAAGAAUGCUUCAGAAGUGGGGCCUGAGAGAAAAUGUACACGAUCUAAGAUCAAUACGGGUAUUUUUUAUUGAUAAGUAACUAAUCUCUGUCAGCUGUAUCUGCUGAUUUGCUGUCCUAGUUGUCAUCUAGUUUCCGUGUGUUUCAAUGGUUCUUUAUUAUUUUCGACAUAGCGUUUAUAUAUGGUGUCCUAUUAUUUUCCCAAACUGCUGAUGCUUGUCUCAUCUGAGAAACAUGUUAUAGUUGAUCGAUUUAAAAUUCUCUCAAUUUGGUAUGAACAUGUAGGAUUGUUGUGGAUGGUCGAUGAGUACCCAUUUCUGCUGAUCCAGGCUCUAUAACUCUGGUUUCCAGGAUCUUUAGACAUUUUUCUAAUUAGGGUGAGACUAUAAUUCUGUAUUAUUUUUAUAAUAGGCGAUCUUGGAUGAUCAAUGGAUCAAUUUCCUUUAUUUAGUUGAGUUUCAUCCUUCAUUUUUCUUGUUCUUGUUCUUUUGUGAGAAUGUGUUAUGCCAAAUGCUGUAUAUCCACUGCUAUUUUACCCCGUCUGGAAACAAUUAAUCCAAAUAAAAAUGAAAUCUUUUACUGCCAUGGAAGAACCCAUCUGGGAUUAAAUCCUGUUUGUAUGCUGUGAGAUUUGCUGAUCAUUUCUUGAAUAAAUAGGCAGAAGAUUGCAAGGCCAGGGGAACUGAACUACGACUGGUUGACAUCAGGGCCAUCGUUCUUCACAGAUUCCAGCUAA